AUGGCGGGACUAACAUUACUGUUAGAUCUAUGGAAGAAAAACCAGAGCUUUAACACGGAACGGACCUACCAAUCUUCCUUAUUUUCUGCAUCUGCUACUGUUGCAUCUUUUGCUGCGGCCACAUCUUUUCCCUCAAAGGACUUCUUUGGGCCAACAGUUGCUCAUUGUGAUGCUGGAGCAAUGAUUUCUGAAGAUCACAUUCCUAAUAUGGGAAACUUGGGAGGAAAAUAUUUCUACCAUGAUUCUCUAAAAUACAAUACCAAGAACUACAAAAUUGAGCUCAAACCUUUGUUUUCUGCUUUGGAAUGGAAAUCAUUUUCAAUCAUUACAUUGAGAUCAUUUCUGAUGUUCUAUUUGCCUCUCAUGGAGCAUCAUGCAAAGAUGGAACAAGAUGAUGUUGAGUUUCUACGGGACAAACAUGACCAUGAUGGCAAUUUGAGUGUUCCAUUCAAAAAGUCACUGUUUCAAAUCAUUCGUGAGGUCACUGUGGUGACAACCAGACGCAUUUUAGAAAGAGUGACUGUACAUUAUGUUUCAAGAAGAAUGGCGUGGAAACUACUUAAAGAUGUUCCCCAGUCAGCUGCUCGCAAGGCUGGAAGGAAAAUGCCUACUUUAGUUUACAUCUGCUCUGUGAGCAAAACAACUUUCAGAGGGUAUAUGCUUGGAGUUUCAGCAUCAUGGGUUGUCCAAGUAGGCAUCGGAUUAUUUCAGUUCUUUAAGUCAAAGUCAAAGAAUGAAAAUUUGAGCAAUAAUGUGAGAAUUAGGGUUCUUAGACAGAAGGUUUUCCUAGCUACAGUUAGGUGCAAUGCAUCUCUAAUUUUUGCCUCAAUUGGGGCAGGGAUUGGUGCUUCCCUUAUUCGUCCUUCAGUUGGCCAAUGGGUUGGUUGUGCUAUCGGUGAUUUGGUUGGUCCAGUUAUUGUAGCUGUUUGUGCUGACAAAGUCCUUCACUUGAACUUGAACCUGUAA